UUCAUUGUCACAGUGAGUGCCUUUCAGAGUACAUGGAGUGAAGAUUAAUUUUUAAUGCAUCGGGAAAGCUGUUGGCUUUUUAUCUUCUGUAGCCGCUUUGAACAUUUCAUAGUCGUGAGAUGAGUUGGUCAUUUUUGCGUGAUAUCUUGAGCGGAGUGAAUAAAUAUUCCACAGGCAUUGGAAGAAUCUGGCUUUCGGUUGUGUUCAUUUUCCGACUUUUGGUCUAUGUCGUUGCUGCAGAAGCUGUGUGGAAAGAUGAACAGAAAGAAUUUGAGUGCAACAUCAGACAGCCCGGGUGCGAAAAUGUCUGCUUUGAUCAGUUCUUCCCCAUCUCCCAGGUGCGCCUUUGGGCUCUACAGCUGAUUAUGGUGUCAACACCCUCGCUUCUUGUUGUUCUUCAUGUGGCCUAUCGGGAAAGCAGGGAGAAGAGGCACAACAAGAAGCUGUAUGCCAACACUGCAGACAUGGAUGGGGGAUUAUGGUGUACAUAUGUCAUAAGUCUUCUCUUUAAGACUGUGUUUGAAUUUGGAUUUCUUGUACUUUUCUACAAACUGUAUGGUGGUUUCAGUGUGCCACGACUGGUGAAAUGUGAUAUGGAUCCCUGCCCCAAUGUUGUGGACUGCUAUAUCUCCAAACCUACAGAGAAGAUGAUUUUUCUCUAUUUUGUGGUCACAACCUCAGGACUUUGCAUUUUGCUUAAUGUUAGCGAGUUAUUUUACCUUAUUUUCAGAUACUGUACAAAAUUCUACCUGAAAAAGCAGGCAAACAAAAUGGCACAAGAAACAUGUGAUUGCAAGAAUAAGCAACAUAACCUAAUACCCAUUACAUCUGAGCAGGCGGGCACUGAUGUGCCUGAUGGUUAAAAGCUACAAAUAAUUCAUGAACAGGGCAUUACUGGGACAGUGCAAGAUGUAAAAAUAUGUAUUUUGCAAACUGAAAGAAAUCCUGUGGGAUGUUUAACUGCCACCCCUUUCAACUGUGAGAGGAUGAGUUUUCUACAUCAUUUUUGUGCUUCCCUAUUAGACAGUCAGAUCAUGGUCUGAAUUAGAUGUGCUUUUUGGAUGGGAUUGUGUUUUAUAACAUAGGUAUGGGAUCCAUUAUCUAGAAUCCCAUUAUCCAGAAAGCUCCAAAUUUUGGGAAAGUCAUCUCCCAUAGACUCCAUUUUAUUUAAAUAAUUUCUGUCUAAAUAUUAAAGCUUAUCUUG